CGUGCCGACGCUUGUCUGUGACGUGUUCGUCACGUGGUGUACAGACGCGCCGAGCCUGCCGCCUUGUUUUCGCCUUUCGGUCUCGCGCUGUGGCGGCUGCUUCCCGCGAGCUUCACUUGUCCGCCGUUAAGCUUCCCCCGGUGGACCGAACGGCCCGUCCCGCCGCUCCAGGCCGGGACCAGCAGCACGCAGCCCGGCCCUCAGUCGACCCGCUGCUCCCCCGCUGCUCGCCCGGGGCCCGCCGAGCUGCUCCGUGUUGACAGCGGCGGUUUGUCUCCCUGUCCUCCGGGCAGCCGCCUCCUCUCGCGGCUCCGAGACCUCCCGGGACCCCCGCAGACCCCCAGGGACCGCCGGGGACCAUGGUUCUGCUGAAAAACCUCCAUCCUCCCACCGAGGGCGUGCGGCACGAGCAAGCCGAGACCACGGCGGUGCUGGACGGCCGGAAGCUGGGCUGCGGCACGCUGUACGUGGCUGAAACGAAGCUGUCGUGGUUCGACGGCUCCGGUCUGGGCUUCUGCCUGGAGUAUCCGUCCAUCGGGCUGCACGCCAUCUCCAGAGACGUGAGCGCCUUCCCCCAGGAGCACCUGUACGUCAUGGUCAACGGCAGACUGAGCGAUGAGAACGAAGCAGAGAUGGAGGAGAAGCCAGACGACGAUGACGAGGGCUGCAGUGACGGAGGGGAGGAUGAGGACGAUGAAGGAGUUAUCACUGAGAUCCGCUUUGUGCCCAGCGACAAAGCUUCACUGGAGUCCAUGUUCUCGGCCAUGUGCGAGUGCCAGGCGCUGCACCCCGACCCCGAGGACUCCGACGACAACUCCGACUUCGAGGGAGACGAGUACGACGUGGAGGAGGCCGAAGCAGAGCAGGGCCAGGUGGAGGUUCCGUCCUUCUAUACCUGUGAGGAGGGCCUGUCGGCGCUGACCCAGGAGGGCCAGGCCACCCUGGAGAGGCUGGAGGGGAUGCUGGCCCAGUCCGUGGCUCAGCAGUACCGCAUGGCGGGGGUUCGAACCGACGACCACAAGGAUGACUUGGACGACGGGAUGGAGGUGGAGUCGGCGGGCAUGGAGGCCGGUCAGUUUGACGAUGCGGACGUGGAGCACUGACUGAACGGUCCCGGAUGGAGCUGCAGUGUUGCAUCAUGGGAUUGGAGGACAGCAGCACUUGGUUUUUGCUCUAUUUUCAGGCUGAAACGGGUUUUUCACUCGAACUGUUUUGUUUUUUACCCGAACUGUUUGUCCGGAGAGUCUUUGUAUGAAACCAUGAAUAAAGCAGUAGUUUUUGUAGCA